GUCUCUCUCUGCAGUAGGACAGAAUGGUCCGCAGAUCCAGGAUCAGUGUUCGGCCCAACGUCAGGCCGGCAGGCAGAGGUCCAGCAGCCCCAGCCUCCUCCCAAGACACUCCUCCAUCGUCCCAGGCCACCGAGGCUCCUUCCCAGGCAGGAGGCCAGGAGGUGGACACCACCACUACUGCAGUGCCAGAAACCUCCACAGAGUCCACCACACCCAGAGAGGAUGAUAAAGACCCAAAUGGUGAGGCUUCCAGUGGCACCCCCUCAGACAGUAUUCAAAGGAGGAAGAGGUUCUCUUUCAUGCCAAACCUUGGCCAACCCCGGGCGGCCGCAACCCCGGCCCUCACCCUCUCCUCCCCCCGGACCUCCAAGUGCCCUGUGAGAGCGGGCACUGAGACCCCAGCCCCUGAGGCUCCAGGGGCCCCCAGCGAGACAGAUGCUGGACCCCCACAGGGCAUGAGAUACCCAAGGCGGAGGCCCUCUGGAGGUAGUAGGCAGGCCAAAGUACAGCCCAAACCCAGCCCCCUGUCCCCAUCUUCCCCAGCCGCUGAGACAACAACCCCCCCACUGGGGAAGCAGGCAGUGCAUUACUCAUCCCCAUCAAAACAGACCCUGCAGGCAGCAGACAAGGAGGAAACAUCCUCACAGCUCACCAAACAAGACAAAGGCAGCAUCCAAUUAGAUCUCUCGAAAAAAACACCAGCCAUUAAAGCUCCAUUCACUCCAUCAGAGAAUGUCCCAUCAUCCUCCCUUUCACACAAAGAGGGUAUCUCAGUAUCUGAGAGAGCUAUGACUCUGGUAGCCAGGUCUGUUGGGCUCACCGGGUUGGCACCAGGGAAGUCCAGGCUUAGCAGGUUCRUGAAUGARCCAACGGACCUGCAGAGGCUGGCCAAGGCCCGGCAGCUCAGAGAACUGCUGAGACAGGAGAUGAACAAGGAAAAGAAUGUGCAGAAACUGAGGAAAGCCAAGGUGUGUUUGAGUGAAUAUACGCUGGAUCCCUCUAAAAUGACCAUGAGAGAUCUCCUAUACUACCUGCCUGAUACCAACCCCAUGACGUCCUAUCUGGAAGAGGAACAGAGGGAGAACCAGACUGUUCUGCCUCUCACCCCCCCAAGAGAAGAGUCACCUGCGAGGCCCCCAACGCCAGAGGCCCCGGCUGAGAUAGCAAGCCAGAGGGAUGAAGAUGAGGAUGAUGAUGACGCUAACGAUGGGGUGAUUGUGCCGCGAGCGAGGGUGGCAGAGGACGGGUCUCUGAUCAUCGAUGAGGAGAGUUUGACGGUAGAGGUCCUGAGGCAGAAAGGGCCAAAUCCAGCUGAUGAUGGAGACCCAAUCUUUGAGCGUGGCUCCACAACCACCUACUCUAGCUUUAGGAAAGGGACACACGUCAAACCCUGGUCCAACAAAGAGACAGACAUGUUCUUCCUGGCUAUCAAUAUGGUGGGAACAGACUUCUCUAUGAUUGGACAGCUGUUUCCUCACCUCGGUCGCAUUGAAAUCAAGAACAAGUURAAGAAAGAGGAGAYAGCAAACAGCUGGAGGAUAGACAAGGCCUUCAAGGAGAAACGUAGGCUGGAUCUGGAGUUCUUCACAAGCCUCUUGGAGAAGAUCUUGGGCAUUGAGGCGAAGAGUAACAAAAACAGCAAGUCCCCCACGGAGAAGAAAGUGAUCAAGAAAAAUAAGAGAAAACCAAAAGAAAAGAAAGCAGCGAAUCAGCUGAGUGACAUGGAGGAGGAGAGGUGA